AUGCGCCUAACGUCAAAAGAGCGCGACUAUCGUCGCGGCGGGACGCAUUCGGACGGCGACCGGGACCUGCAGGAGCACCGGCAGCGCAUCCAGGCGCUGAGCGAGGAGACGGCGCAGAGCCUGAAGCGCAACGUCUACCAGAACUACCGGCAGUUCAUCGAGACAGCGCGCGAGAUCAGCUACCUGGAGAGCGAGAUGUACCAGCUCAGCCACAUCCUCACCGAGCAGAAGGGCAUCAUGGAGGCUGUCACCCAGGCCCUGCUGCUGCAGGCCGACCGCGACGACCCCGCGCUGGGUGCCCGCCGUGCCGCCACCGACUCUCACGGCAACAACCCCUUCCUGCCCCUGUCGGCCAAGGAGGUGGCGGCCAGCGAGGAGGGCCGGCAGCGCAGGCUCACCACCCUGCUGGAGAAGGUGGAGGGCUGCCGGGAUCUGCUGCCCGAGAGCCCCGGCAAGUACCUGGUGUACAAUGGGGACCUGGUGGAGUAUGACGCUGACCACAUGGCGCAGGUGCAGCGAGUGCACGCCUUCCUCAUGAAUGACUGCCUGCUGGUGGCCACCUGGUUGCCCAACCGGCGUGGUGCCUACCGCUACGACGCCCUCUACCCACUGGACGGGCUGGCCGUUGUCAAUGUCAAGGACAACCCGCCCAUGAAGGACAUGUUCAAGCUGCUCAUGUUCCCCGAGGGCCGCAUCUUCCAGGCUGAGAACGCCAAGAUCAAAAAGGAGUGGCUGGAGGUGCUGGAGGAGACCAAGCGGAGCCGCGCCCUGAGCGAGAAGCUGCGGCUGGAGCAGGAGGCUCUGCCGCGGGCAGCCCCGCCCUCUCCAGAGUCAUCCAACCCCUUUGAGAAGGAUGAGGAUGAAGUGGAGCCUCCACCUGAGGAGGAGAAAGUGGAUCUGUCCCUGGAGUGGAUCCAGGAGCUUCCUGAGGACCUGGAUGUCUGCAUCGCCCAGAGGGAUUUUGAGGGUGCAGUGGACCUGCUGGAUAAGCUAAACGAGUAUUUGGCAGACAAGCCCAUCAGCCAGCCGGUGAGGGAGCUCCGGGCGAAAGUGGAUGAGAGAGUUAGGCAGCUCACGGAUGUGCUGGUGUUUGAGCUCUCUCCAGAUCGCUCACUGCGUGGUGGGCCAAGGGCUACCCGCCGGGCUGUCUCUCAGCUCAUUCGCUUGGGUCAAUCAACCAAGGCUUGCGAGCUGUUCUUGAAGAACCGGGCGGCUGCUGUGCACACGGCCAUCCGUCAGCUGCGCAUUGAAGGUGCCACUCUGCUGUACAUCCACAAGCUCUGCCACGUGUUUUUCACCAGCCUGCUGGAGACUGCCAGGGAGUUUGAGACGGACUUUGCUGGUAACAGUGGCUGCUACUCUGCCUUCGUUGUGUGGGCACGCUCUGCCAUGAAGAUGUUUGUAGACGCCUUCAGCAAGCAGGUGUUUGACAGCAAAGAGAGCUUGUCAACUGCUGCUGAAUGUGUGAAGGUAGCUAAGGAGCACUGUAAGCAGCUUAGUGAGAUUGGACUGGACCUUACCUUCAUCAUUCACACCCUGCUGGUGAAAGACAUCAAAGGUGCUCUGCAGAGCUACAAGGAUAUCAUCAUUGAGGCCACCAAGCAUCGCAACUCUGAAGAGAUGUGGAGAAAGAUGAACCUGAUGACUCCCGAGGCUCUGGGAAAACUUAGAGAGGAAAUGAGAAGUUGUGGUGUGGGCAGUUUUGACCAGUACACAGGUGAUGACUGCUGGGUCAAUCUUAGCUACACUGUGGUUGCUUUUACCAAGCAGACUAUGGCCUUCUUGGAGGAAGCACUAAAGCUUUACUUCCCAGAAUUGCACAUGGUUCUCCUGGAAAGUCUUGUGGAAAUCAUCCUUGUAGCUGUUCAGCAUGUUGAUUACAGUUUGCGGUGUGAACAGGACCCUGAGAAGAAAGCAUUCAUCAGGCAGAAUGCAUCCUUCCUGUAUGAAACUGUUCUUCCUGUCAUAGAGAAAAGGUUUGAGGAAGGAGUCGGAAAGCCAGCCAAGCAGCUACAGGAUCUGAGAAAUGCUUCAAGACUUAUGCGUGUAAAUCCUGAAAGUACAACCUCUGUGGUGUGAAAUGAAAUGCUGUUCCCUUCAGAAGGGUCUACUAUGCACUUCUAGAUAAUGUUAUCUAUGGACAUAUCUUUAAAAUUUUUCCAAGUCUUUCAAAGCCACAGAACUCCAACUGCAAACUUUCUGAUGCUAAAGACUUAUGAACAAACUUUGAAAGCAAGUAAAAGGGAAAAAGUUUUUUAGAGAAAAAGGAGCAUUGGGUUAGUCUUGCUUAGGAUAUCCCUUUCCCUGCUUAACGGUGCCUAUUGUGGUGUGUUAGACUGAAAAGAAAUCAUGAUGAUAGUACAUCAUUCUUCUCUGGGCCAAAUAAACUAUUGGUGAAGUAUGAUAAAUAAGUAAAAAUGUGUACCUUUUGCAGAAAUGAAAUAUAAUCUGUAGUCACAUGUCAAAUAACAUGAUUUAAAAAUACUGCAGUGUUUCCAAAUGAGUGUAAUUGCUUGGUUUACUGUAUGGGUGUGGUACUUGGUGAAGCUCAUCUCCCUUCCAAACAUGACAGCUCCAUGGAUUAGCAAAUGCAUUUGCACAACUGGCAUUAUGAUAUAACGAGGCAGGCAGUUUCAAUUAUCAGAAACACAGGAAACAUUUACUUCAAUGAAACACUGAAAUUAAAAAUCUUAUUUCAGAGAGAACAUUCAUUUAUGCAAGUUUUAAAGGAAUAUUCUUAACUUACAUCACAUCACUUUGAAUAUAUUCUACCUACUACUAGAAAAGCUGCAUGUAAGAUUCUGAAAGAAAUUGCAAUUUUUUCACUCGUUUUUCCAAUUGAAUUCAGUGGGAGUUAGAGUAGGUUCAAUAUGUAAAGCGCAAAGUUUAGUUUUAGUUUUAGGAAUAGUUCACUGAAAUUCUAUUGUCUGCCUGUAGAAGUCUCAACAAAGAGCCCUUGUUUCAAAACAAAUGAGAUAGCAUUAUGCAAGAGGAAGGGGAACGUAUUACUUUACAUUUGGGAAACUCCUAUCUUUGCUGUACAAGUAACACUUAUUAAAUAAAAUAAAUGAAGCUUUUCUUAAA